AUGUCUGCCUUCGCCUCAUCCCUGCGCCCAUUGAUGCGCACCGCCACUGGCGGAGCUCUCUCCGCGCGUUCCUUCAGCUCCUCCUCAUCGCGUUCGGUAGCUCGUAUGAUCAUCACCGGCCGUCUGGCAGCCGCGCCGGAGCUGCAGGCCACCUCAUCCGGUCAGGAUGUCAUCAGAUACACCGUUGCUACCUCGACCGGGGCCCGCGACAACCGACAGACAAGCUGGUUUAAGGUCGCAAGCUUCGACCAGGGUGCUCAGCGCGAUUACGUGCUGAGUCUGCAGAAGGGAACCCUUGUUUACCUCGAGGGAAGCGCCAGCCUGCGGGACUGGGAGGACGCCGAGGGCAAGAAGCAGACCACUCUGAACAUUGUUCAACGUGAGAUCCCCGUCCAAGACGAACUCAAUCUGUCGGACUAUGCUAACUUCCGCGUUACGCAUCACUAUUCAGGGAACAUCGAGGUCCUCAAACGCCCGACCAACCCUAACGAAAAUGAGUCUGCCUAA